GACCCCGCGAGGAAUUUCAUCUUCAGAAUCUGAGAGUCAGUGUCACGGAAAUCCACGGGGAAAUAACUAAAAAAUGCAGUACAACCAAUACGUGUCGCUAUGUUUCAUCGCACUUGCCUUGGGACAAGUCGCGGCGUUACCGCAGCAUCCUCAAUACACACAACAAUCAUAUCCCCAACAAUACCAACAACAGAUCAGAGAAGAAAGAAAAUUUGCGGAGAAACCAAAUGCGAUGAAGAAAGUAGCGAUCGAUGAUCUCGAGGAUAUCAGCACUAAUCAGAUUCAGGAGAGCGGCGGCAGCGGUUUCUCGUGGUCCAACAUGCUCGGGAUGCUGAUGCAAAUGCUGCUGGGACAGGGCACCGGAGGUGCGACUGGACCAAGUAAAAAUGAAAUAGACGAGGGUACGACUACGAGCCCGUGGGCCAAUUUGCUCUCCGUCGGUCUGAGAGUUCUGACGGCGUUAUUAGGCGGGCCUCAGCAACCGGUGGAUGGUAUCGACAAGGUGGACAAUCAGAGUAGCCCCAUGCAGGAAAUUUUGACCGCGGUGCUGGGCGCGUUUCUAGGACAGGGCAGAGAUCCCGAACAGGUUGCUGUAAUGGCGAAAAAUGCUUCUGAGCAGUUCAUCAGUAUAGUCAUCAAUCUGCUGGAUGCUCUGAAAACAUCGUUCUCUCAUCGUUCUCUGAUGGCUCGUUCUCUCGGAAGACGUGACACUGUUUCCGAGGCUGCGAUAGCGUCAAUCUCUAUGCUGAAGGGCUACAUGAGAUCCGUCAAGUCCUUCAGCUACGUAGGUCGUGCUGAGGAGGAGGGACAACGUGGAUGCGCCGAGAGGGCUCUUUGCGAGGCCAGCGCCGAGUGUAUCGCUGAUACGCAAGGUCCAUCGUCGAUCUUCUGCCAACUUGGAUCGUACGCGACGAGCUAUCUCCUGCAGAGGCAGAGCGGCGUCGGCUUCGAGGCCUUGUACGAGGCAGGACGACGCGGUCGCACGGGCGAGGACUGCAGAACUCUCUUUAUGGACUGCAACGCUGUAUGAACGAGUUCACACGUUCGCAGCGUUCUAUCGAACAUGGCUUAGAUUCCGCGGGAUUUCUGAAUCUCUCUUUGCCGAACUGAACAUUUACUCGCAGCCCUUCUUCCAUAAUCCGUGCUUUGUCUUCCGAGGCUGUAGAGAACAAUAAUGAAAAUCGGGCUCCUAUUGGACUUAUAUUAUUACAAGAAAACAUGAAUAAUAACAUAAAAUUUUCUAUGAUGUAAAAUUAUCCGAGGAACGCUUGACAACGUCAGACUUCGUCAGACUUCCUCUCCUAAAGUUGUGCGUUCGUACAUUCGAUCGCUGCUUAUUGUCAAUUUCGCGUUCGGGCGAAAUCACCAAACAUUUCCCAAUGGGGUUUCCGACGUCCCACGUGUCUAGGUCAUGCUAGAAACACCGAAGUGUAGGUUUGAUCGACGGUAUUCGUGGAUGUGCACCGAGCCGGGAUUCGCAUCGAAUCUCGAAUCAGCUCAUCAACUCGGCUCGAACUUACGAGCGAUCGUUUCCUCGAUAAUUCGGUCUCCGUGUACGCGCCAUAUAAUGCCGUAAUGCAGAUUCAUUUUGAUUCAUUUUGUGACUUUCCAAUGAAAUCAAGCAUGCUCGAUGCUCCAAUCCUGUAAAUGUUUCUUUCGAAAAAGAGUAAGUUUCGGGAAGGCAAAUUUAAAAGCUUUUCCGCUCGAUAAAUUCGAUCUAUCAAUAUGUAUUUUGUCCAAUGAAAUUCUGUCUAAUGUAAUGUAAUUUGUUCGAUUACCACUUUUCGUUACGAGAGUUACAUAUACGUUUACGUCCUUUCGCAUCGACCGCCGAGUUUUUUUGCCACGUCGAUUACACAUUUAUAUAUUUAUUUCUAUUUAUUGAAUCGUAUUCAAUGUAGGUAAUAGCAUUUGUGGUUGGGACUCGGCGCGAGUUCUGGUAUUCUGAUAUUUCGACGACGAUGACUAUUAUGUGCAAUAGGUAGCAGAAGUUUAAUUGUUGAUUGACACUUCUCAUGUUUUACAAUGAAUAAAAAUUCGCUCAACGUUCCGAAAUGUGAUAAAUAUUUUCAAAGUGUAACGAAAUUUCUGAAGAUAAAGACAAAAAGUGACAUCCGUAUCGGUGAAACAUUAUUGACGGAAAAGUUGCCGCAAAAAAUGAAAAUUCGAGUCCGUAAUGUAUUGUUAACUUAACUUUGUAAGACUUAUGUAACUUUGUCGGACUUAAUUUUCGAUGCGCUAUAAGCGCAUAACGACGCAUUUUUUCGCGUCGUUUUCACGUAUUUACAGCCUCGAGAACUGAAUUUGGGAAACUGUACCGCGGUUACAAUUGCUGCACCUAGCACUUAAGUUAUUUUUACGUGUACGCAUCGCGCAUUCAGCACAUUAAAUGUACGAUAUGUAUACGGAAUGUUAGCGGUAAUAUCAAGUUCGUAGGGAGGAAGACGCGCUUAGAACUGCUGGAAAAGAAGGAUCGGCAAAUUUCGAUGUGCUCAUUGAACUCUGUUCAAAUGUUACUAUCGUUUCACGAAGAGAGAGAGAGAGAGAGAGAGAGAGAGAGAGAGAGA